AUGCUGGAACGAGAAAAAAUAAAAUACUCAUGUCAAAAUUCUCUCUUACAAAAUAUAAAAUAUCAAUUAAAGAAAUUUCAUGAAACUGGUACAACACCUUUACGUCGAUCAGGCUCCAGUCGUCCACCAACUGCAUCAUCAAAACAAGUGUCAAAUAAAUUGAAACGAUUAGUUUUAAAUAAAAGAAGACGUUCAAUUCGAAAUGUUGCACCAAUGUUCAACUCCAAAAAUGAUAUUAUUUGGUCCACCAGUCGACAAGAUGCUGAUAAACAUGGUGGUUAUUUCGGUCGUGAAAAAUUUUCUCCUGGUAUUAUGCUUUGGGGUGCCAUAAGUUGGAAUGGUUUAAUUCCAUGA